AUGGUAGAGGCUUGUUCGGAAUGUGCUUAUUUUCGGCCAUCCAAUCCGCCGGAGCCCCUGAUUCAAAUGGAUCACCCGUCCCGACCAUUUGAAAUGGUAUCAGCCGAUUUCUUUUCUUAUGGAGGCCAUGAGUAUUUGGUUUAUACCUGUCGAUUCUCUGGCUUUCCCUUCAUCCAGCGCUUUCAUGCGCCGCCUACGGCUUCCACUUUAAUCCGAGAACUUCGUUGGCUGUUCUCGGUAAUGGGCGUGCCCAACGUGUUCCGGUCCGAUAACGCGACGGUGUUCAGUUCAUCUGUUUGUCAGGACUUUUUCAGACUGUGGGGCGUGCAAUGGCGGCCGUCUUCACCGCACCACCCUCAAUCCAAUGGCCAUGCCGAGGCCAACGUCAAAAGCCUCAAAUAUCUGUUGGCCAAGUGCGGAUGGGAGUGGAGGUCGGACCAAUUCCAGACGGGUCUUUUGGAGCUGCGGAACACGCCUCGAUCGGACGGGUUAUCACCCGCCCAACGUGUCUUUGGUCGACCUCUCCGCUCCAAACUUCCCAUUCAUUGGCGUGGACAGUGUUGGCGUGCCUUUUGCUCUGAUUUCCAGGCCCGGUCUGAAAACGCCGAUAGCCUGCGCUGGCGAGAUGAGGGAGUUCGUAAGGCCUACUUUGAUCGAACUAGCCGAGUGCGUCAGAGAUUGCCCGUGGGUGAGUGCGUGUUAGUUCAGGAUCCCGUGACCCGCCGUUGGGACAAGCAUGCCAUCGUGGUGGACAAUCGGUCCCCGCGACGCUAUGGUCUCCGAUUCCCUUCGGGCCGAUGUCUUGAAAGAAACAUUCGCUUUCUGCGUCGAGCCCCGCCGGGUUUAACCCAGCAUCUGUUCGGCGCUUUCACAUUGGUGGACUCCGAUGACGUCAAUGAUGCCAAUGACGCCAAUGACGCCGACAACACUCCAGCCAAGAUGAAUGGGCAAGAAACGUCGAAUCAAGUGACAAGACGUGGACAGCGUGACCGACAGCCACCGAAACGUUUCCAAUCUUCAUGA